AUGAAUUUUCUUGGGAGGACUGCCAGAACUGUUGGAGCGUUAGGGAUCAGGGGAUUGGCGCGCUCAUAUGCAACGGAGUCCACAGGAGCAUCAGAUAAGCUGCGUCUGAGCUUUACCGUACCUCAUGAGAUACUCUACGAUGGUGCUGAAGUCCAACAGGUCAAUCUCUCCUCCACUGCCGGUGAUAUGGGUAUAUUGGCUAACCAUCUUGCUACGAUCCAACAACUGAAACCAGGUGUUGUGGAAGUUGUAGAAAACCCUACUACAACAAAGAAGUUUUUCGGUAACAGUGAAUUGAGGGGGAGGGGCGGAGGUUUAGCGUGUGAAAUUGGCAAUACGGGAGAGGAGACGAUACAAUUACCUAAAUCUAAUCUUGGUCUAUUUUCUUCAUUUCCAGUUAGUGGUGGUUUUGCGACGGUAAAUUCCGACUCCUCUUUAAACAUCAAUGCAGUCGAGGCUUUUUCACUCGAACAUUUUUCUAUCGAAGCCAUACGUGCUAAUCUAGCCGAAGCUCAGCGUCUAUCUGCUAGUAGUACGACUGAAGCAGAACGCGCUGCUGCAAAGGUUGAAUCUGAGGUCCUUGAAGCUUUGCAGACUGCCCUUGGAAAGAGUUGA